AUGAAAUUUACGGAUAAUAUUUUUUAAAUAUUAAUUUAAUAUCUUAUAUUAUAAUUUGAUAUUAACGCUGAUAAGAUAUCUGUAUUGUGUAAUUUAAAUUAUAAUUUAAAUUAUAAUUUAAAUUAUUAUAUAUAAUGUAUAUAGUUUUUUAUCAUGUUUAUUUUAUUAAAUAUAAAGUCUUUUAGCGAUUGGGAAAUAAGGUUAAUUGCUUACGUAUCAUAUAUAUGUAAGAUAUAAUGUUCCCUUUUAAUAUAGUAAGAGCACAAUAAUUGUAGAAUAUUGUAUUAAAAAUAACAGAAAAGCAAAGUGAAAUAAUGACAAACAAAUCUUGGAAUGUAUUGGUGACGGGAGGUGCUGGGUACAUUGGUUCUCAUACGGUAUUGGAAUUAUUACAAGCAGAUUUUGAGGUGGUGGUAAUAGACAACCUUAGUAAUGCUUAUAAAGGAAAUGAUGAUAUAAAACCAGAAUGUUUAUUACGAGUAGAAAAAUUAACGAAUAGAAAAAUUAUAUUUGUUCAAUGUGAUGUAACAAAUUUGGAUGAAUUACAAAAAGUAUUUGAAAAGUACAAGUUUCAUUCUGUUAUACAUUUUGCUGCUUUAAAAGCUGUGGGUGAAUCUUGUGAAAAACCCUUAGAAUAUUAUAAAACAAAUGUUUGUGGAACAUUGAAUUUAUUAAAAGUUAUGAAAGAAUUCAAUGUGAAAUGUUUUAUUUAUUCAAGUAGUGCCACAGUUUAUGGCAUUCCAGAAAAACUACCAUUAGUUGAAGAUAUGAAAACUGGUAAUUGUACCAAUCCUUAUGGAAAAACAAAAUAUAUGGUUGAAGAAAUUUUGAAAGAUUUGUGCAUUUCAGAUAAGGCAUGGUCUGUUAUAUCUUUGAGAUAUUUUAAUCCAGUUGGAGCUCAUUCUUCUGGAUUAAUUGGAGAAGAUCCCAAUGGAAUACCAAAUAAUUUAAUGCCAUAUAUUGCUCAAGUAUCUGUAGGAAAAAGAGAAAUUUUAUAUGUUUAUGGAAAUGAUUAUGAUACUCCUGAUGGAACAGGCAUACGAGAUUAUAUUCACAUUACGGAUUUAGCUAUGGGCCAUGUAAAAGCAAUGAUUUAUCAAAAAAUUCGUAAUUUUACAGGAUUUAAAGUGUUUAAUUUAGGUACUGGAAAAGGAUAUUCAGUACUAGAAGUUAUACGAGCAUUUGAAAAAGCAUCAGGACGAAAUAUACCAUAUAAGAUAAUCGAACGCAGACCAGGUGAUAUCUCUGUAAGUUAUGCAGAUGCUAGUUUAGCUAAUAAAGAACUAGAUUGGCAAGCUACUAAAAAUAUAGACAAUAUGUGUUUAGAUACAUGGAGAUGGCAACAAAAUAAUCCAAAUGGAUAUAAAUCUUCAUAAUAAAUAUUGAAAUAUUUCUUAUAAGAAAAUGUAAAAUAUUUCAAGCAAAACAUUUUAUUUAUAUUCAAACAUUUUAUUUAUAUUCAAUUAUUUUAAACAUAAAGCCAUGGUGGUGUCUGGUUACCAAAGUUUAAACCAAAGCCCAAACUAAAUACUUAUUUUAUAUUUAAAAUUAAUUAUAAAUAUGUUUAUUUUAAAAAAAAUUUACAUUUAUAUUUAAUAGUCACAAUUAAUGAGUCAUUAUCUUUUAAAUAAUAAUU